AUGCUCACAAUAACAGACUGCGACGUCGAUGACGUGGCAGAUGCUGCAGAUUUGAUUAAUAUUUUCGGAGACAAAUACUCACCUCUCCUCCAGCGGAAUAAGCCAAAAUCGGAUCUUCCACUGGUCUCGGCGCGUGCUGAAGAUCCCAAAUCAAAGCUUGCGAAUCGUCUCCGGCAGUGCAAAUGUGAUCGAACAGAGCCAGAAAAUAGUGCUCUUGUUUGUUCCAAGAGAGUCGUUGAAGUUUCUCUUUUCCUGGAUCUUCAUAGACAAUCGUUGAGUGAUUCAGAUGACGAAGAUCGAACAUUCGGGCACUUCCAUCGGCUCCUAAAAGCAUGA